AUGGCUCACAGUGCCAGUGGACACAUAAACCGCCGAGAGCACUUUAACAAGGACACAACGCUGCACUCUGCUGUCCCACAGAGACAUCAUCUGAGAUCCAAGAGAGGAGGCUCAGAGAAUCAGACACUGAGCUCAUCUUCCACUCUGACUAUUAACGAGGAGCUGGUGAUCAGGUUCAGGUCCCAGCAGCAGCAGAGCGGCAGUAAGCGUCCCAGUAACAGCACGCCUCCUCCCACUCAGCUCAACAAGAUCAAAUACUCCGGAGGUCCUCAGCUGGUGAAGAAGGAGCGGCGCCAGAGCUCGUCCCGCUUCAGCCUGACCAAGAACAGAGAGCUGCAGAAACUACCUGCACUCAAAGACGCGCCCCUGAUGGAGCGCGAGGAGUUGUUCGUCCAGAAGCUGCGUCAGUGCUGCGUCCUGUUCGACUUCGUCAGCGACCCGCUCAGCGACCUCAAGUACAAAGAGGUGAAGAGAGCCGGACUCAACGAGAUGGUCGAGUACAUCACACACAACAGCGACGUGGUGACCGAGUCCAUCUACCCCGAGGCCGUCCUCAUGUUCUCAGUGAACCUGUUCCGGACUCUUCCUCCGUCCUCCAACCCGACCGGAGCCGAGUUCGAUCCCGAGGAGGACGAACCGACGCUGGAGGCUGCCUGGCCUCACCUGCAGGUACUGGUCGUGGCGUCGAACAACACAUUCAAACACGCCGAGACGGCAGCCAUCGCCACUCAGGAUGGCUUUACACACUAA